AUGGCUGGAACCGAUGGUGAGGGUGAAAACCCUCCAGUUAAGAGUUUGAGAGACUAUAUGUAUCCAACUAGAGUCUCUCAACCUUCGUGCAUUGUUUUGCCUGCUACUACAGUAACUUAUGAGAUUAGGACAAAUACCCUUCAGGCUCUUCCAAACUUUUAUGGUAAGGAGAAUGAAAAUCCUUACUAUCACAUUAGAGACUUUGAAGAAUUGUGUGGUACGGUUAAAAUUAAGAAUUUGUCUGAUGAAUACCUUAAACUUAGGUUGUUCCCUUUCUCAUUAAAGGAUAAGGCAAAAUCUUGGUUAUAUGCAUUGGCUCCUUCGUCAGUUAGGACUUGGGAAUACAUGACAAAACUGUUUUUGAACAAUUUUUUCCCUAGGCAUAAGACUUCUUCCAUCCAUCAAAAACUGAAUAGUUUUGUGCAACAACAGGGAGAAUCUCUCUGGGACUACUUAGAGAGAUUCCAUGAUCUUUUGCUGCAGUGUCCACACCAUGGAUUUGAUACCCUUAGGCUUACGUUGAUUCUUUACGAGGGAUUAGAUCAUAAAACUAUGACCACGGUAGAGUCACUUUGUGAUAGUAAUUUUCAGGAUAAAAGUGCUGAAGAGGGGUAUGCAUUCUUGCAAGAGGUAGCUGAAAAAACCCAAGAGUGGGAUGCUAAGGAACCAGUAAGGCUUGAAUCACUCGAACAUAGUUCUAAAUCUAAGCCUUUUGUUGAGUCCCCAGACCAAGCAUUUUAUGACGAUGGUAGUGAGCAAGCUAAUGCUCUCUAUCAAGAUAAUCGUCGUAAAUAUGACCCUUAUUCCAAUCUUACAACCCAGGGUGGGAAAGACACCCUAACUUUUCAUGGUCUAGAGGUCAGUAUGAAGGCCACACAAAAGUCUAUAACAAACUUAGAGCAUACUACUGCAAGGUCCAUAGCAAAUAAAGAACGACAAGUAGGUCAGCUUGCUAGUCAAAUGAAUGAUAGAGACAAGGGACAGUUCCCAAGUCAUACAAAGCCUAACCCUAAGGGUUCUUUUGAGGUCAGGACAUCUGGUGCUAAAUCCUCCAAUCAAGUCCAAGACGUUACUUCCUUAAGAAGCGGACGGGUCAUUGAUAAUCAUGUUAGUAACCCUAAGGAAAAUGAGCAUGCUAGGAACACCCCCAUUGUGAUGCAAGUUACACCUGCGACACAAAAAGAAGCUAAUGAAUCUGAAAUUACUUAUGUUCCUCGUGCUACAUUUCCUCAGCGGUUAUUACCCCGUAAGAAAGGAACUAGUUCUAGUGACAUCUUAGAAGUUUUCAAACAGGUUAAUAUUAACAUUCCUCUUCUACAUGCCAUUAAACAAAUUCCUUUGUAUGCCAAGUUUUUGAAAGAUAUGUGCACUGUGAAACGUAAUCUGAAUGUGCAAAAAAGAUCUUUCCUUGCUGAACAAGUGAGCUCUAUCAUUACGCAGAAAACGCCGUAUUUAGGGAAGAAAACUAGGUUUUGCUAUUUUGCUUUCUGCAAAUCAUAUGCUUUACUUAUUAUUAUCUUUAUCAUUUUUGAUGGCUUUUAA